GUACGCCGUACAGUCCGGUUGUCACGACGCAGCAUCGCUGGUGUUCCCACUGAAGUCGAGCCUUCUUCACUUGGCAACGACGAGCGAUGGACGUGAACGGGGACGUGGUCCAUGACACACUCAGCAAGGCGGAGAGGGCGGUUGUGGCAGCGACCGUGAACCUGAUACUCAUCAGGUGUCAAUUGCAGAGGAUCGAGGGGAGGAUGAGAGCAGCCAUUCGCGCACGCCGGAAGAAGACGCUGCAGUCCAUGCAUGUGGACGAAGAGGGCAGUGGUGCCAUUUGCGACGCCGUCCUGCAGGUGUGCUAUGCCAUGGGGUGUGGAGCAUUUCCUAGAGCGACGCCCAGGUGGUGGAUGAAGCGACGAACAGGGGGGGUGUGGGAGGAUCUGCGGCAAUGCGACGACGCGACGGAAGACUACUUCAAGGAGAAGCUGCGCAUAUCGCCACGGGUGUUCCGGGAGAUAGCGGAAGCUCUGUCUCCCUUCCUUCAACGGCGUGUCACUUUCUAUAGGGAGCCCCCCCAGCCUGACCUCAUUGUAGCGUACGCUUUGUACAGAUGGGCGUCGGGGGAGACGUACGAGAGCGGGACAUGCAGCUUCGGCAUUGGCGGAAAGUCUGGGUUGGUGGCUGUGCGGGAUGUAACUUCGACGUUCCUGAGUGCGUACCCCGACAAGAUAUCGUGGCCAACGGGGCUGCAAAAGGCGGUCGUCUUGCGCGCUUUCGCUGACAAGGGUUUCCCCAACUGCCAUGGCUGCAUCGAUCGUACCCUCAUCUUCAUCGACAAGCCAGCCAAUUGCCCCGGGGAGGACUACUACGACAGAAAACGUCGUUUCUCCAUCCAGGCUCAGGUGGUCGUCGAUCUCAACUUGCGCGUGCUGGAUGUGUUCGUCGGAUAUCAGGGGAGUUGCCACGACGUGAGGAUCCACCUGUCCAGUUUAUGGGCGCGCGCGGAGGCAGGGAAGCUUUUCACUUGGCCACCUGUCAUGCUGCCUUUCGGUGUGCGGACGAACGGGUAUCUGCUGGGCGACAACGGUUACCCCCCCUCCGAAUGGGUAGUCAUCCCCUGCGGCGGUCUAUCACAACACCCGUCGGAGAUGCGGUUCGACAACAAGCAGAAGACGGCAAGGGGAGCAGUCGAGAGGGCUUUCGGCAGAUUGAAGGGGAUGUGGAGGUUGUUCCUUCGCUCCCACAAGACGAACAUGGAGAUGUUGCCGCAGCAAUUCGUCGCCGUCUGCAUUCUGCACAACAUACUCAUCGACGCGGGCAUCCCAUUCGACGACAAUCUACUGUGGGAGGUUGGGCCAGACGGUGUUCGUCGCAAGGUGGAUCUUGGGAUGCACUGACCGUUGAGGCAGAUGUGUAUGGAGUC